AUAAAAUGCGAGACCACAAAAUCGAGCUGGAGCCCGGCGCGCAGCCUACUGUACGAACUCAAUGGCGUCUGACUCAGCCCGAGCUACACAAGUUACGGAACCAACUUGACUAUGUGUUAGCAAAAGGGUUUAUUCGGUCGAGCACGUCCCCGUUCGCGGCGCCGAUCCAGUUUACCCCAAAGAAAGACGGCGGAAUUCGCAUGUGCACAGACUAUCGUGCCCUUAAUCGGGUAACGAUAAAAUCGCGCUACCCAAUCCCACGCACGGACGAGUUGAUUGACAACCUUCGCGGAGCUCGCUACUUUUCGAAGAUCGACCUUCGUGGCGGUUACCAUCAAAUUCGGGUGUUCGCCGACGACUGCCACAAGACCACGUUUCGUACUCGCUAUGGGAGUUACGAAUGCACGGUGAUGCCGUUUGGAUUAACGAACGCCCCCUCAACGUUCCAUCUCACCAUGAACGGGGUGUUCCGCGAUCUACUCGACAAAUGUGUGAUAAUUUACUUGGAUGACAUCCUGAUUUACAGCAAGACCCGGGAGCAACAUCUAAAGGACUUGGAAGCGGUUUUUCAGCGAUUGCAGCAGCAUCGUCUCAUCACCAAGGGCUCCAAGUGCGAGUUUUUGAAACAACAACUGGAGUUCCUGGGGCACGUAAUAUUCAAAUAGACCCGAAAAAACUCUGGGCUAUUCA